AUGAGGAACAAAGUACUGGUCAAAAUAAGGGGCGACAGUGGCUCAGGGGCACCGGAGAGGAGGAAGGCACGGCUCGCUUACAAGAUGUGGUCUGACUGGAGUCUCAGUGAUCGCUCGCCGCCACAAGGGAAUGUGACAGAGGAGUUGCAGCUGGUUGGGUUGUUUGUGCAGGAGUUCUCGGAGAUAUCGCAGGGAGCAGAUAGUGAACGGCUGUUUGGAUGA